GUUGUGUUGUCGUGGAGAAAGGAUGUUGCUGCUGAAGGCGGUCCUGCUUCUCACACUUGGAACAGUUGUAACAUGUAUCGUCAAUAAUCUAGCCUUGAACAAGCCAACUAGUUCUUCGACUUCCGCACACCUGAAAGGCAGAGCAAUAGACGGCAACAGAGACUCAACUUUUUUAAACCACUCGUGCUUCCAGAGCCAAGAUGGGGACAUGCAGCCCUACUGGAUGGUUGACCUUCAAAGCGACUUCGUACUGGAAUACCUUACAAUAACUAACAGAGGAGACUGUUGUGGUGGACGAAUGCAUAACUUAAAGAUUGAAGUCUUCACAGAUGACCCCGUCCAGAACCCACUGACUCCCUCACACCUGUGUGCCAUGUAUGAUGGACCAAUGGCUGGUGGUGCAACAGAAAAUAUAUCAUGUUCUUGUGCUGCCCAAGGGCGUUAUGUCAGAGUCCGGGGUCUGGACAGAAAGUCGGAGAAAGACCUACUAACACUGUGUGAAGUUGAAGUGUAUGAGAGAACACAAACAUGGUGUUUCAACACCAAACUUCAGCGCUUGGUAGGAACCAGAUACGUCGGAAAUGUUGUCCCAGUUGAUGUCACAUCUGCAGUUGAGUGCAGCACCCAUUGCAGUUACAACAGAAGCUGCAUCGGCUUCAACUACAACUACAACACCCAUGACUGUGAGCUUAGAGUGGGAUCUGCCAAUGCAUCAAGUGCUAAUGACUGGUUCUACUUCUUCCAGCUCCUAUGUCGUUGAGAAAGGACAGGAAGAUGCACAAUAACACUUCGUAAUUCCUCCAUUGGACAAUAUGUACCAAUGCUGCUGACAAGCUUGUGGAUUAUUC